AUGGUUAAACUAGUAAAAAAAUUUGUUGUCGGUGACAAAGUAUUUGCUAAGGUUCGAGGUUAUCCGCCUUGGCCCGCUAAAAUUCGAAAAGUACCAGAGUCUAAUAAAAAAAACGGCAAAUACGAGGUUUACUUUUAUGGAACUGGUGAAAAGGGUGAAUGUACUCUUGAUAGAAUAUAUGAUUACCACGAGAAUAAGGAUAAAUAUGGUAAGCCUAGUAAAGCUAAAAAAUUUCUUGAGGGUAUGCAAGAGCUUGAACAAGACAUUGAAAAAGUUGAGGACAAAACUCCGACUAUAACUGAAACAAAAGAAGCUGUUGCUGAUGAAUCAGAUCAUGAAAAUAACCAAACGACAACUGAGCCCUCUGCAGGUGUUCAAUUAGACAGUGAUGUAGAAUCAACAUUGGUAAUUGAUGAGAGUGAUAAAAAGAAAUCGUUGAAACGUAAAACAAUACUCAAUACGUCAAAUUCUACCGUAAAUACUAUCGGACGAGGAAGACCGAAAGUUAAACAUGAAGAGCCUAACGAAAACGUAUCAACACAGUCUAAUGCUAAAAAAAGAAUGAGCGUAGAAAAAGACGAUAAAAAGCUUAUUAUCAAUGAAAAUUUGAAUCAAAAUGAAAAAACUAAGCGGUUACGUACGGAAAGUCAAUUGAUAGAAUUAAAUAAUCAAAUAAAGUCAUAUUUGUCUUUAGAACAAGCAGACACUGACAAAUGUCUUCGAGCAAUGGACGAUGUACUCGGUCUUACAAUAGAUUCGUUAAUGCUUAAAAAACAUUCUAAUGUUGUUGAAACUGUAAAAAGGUUACGAAGAUAUAUUGGUAAUUUAUCAGAGUGGUCGCUUUCUGAAGAAGCUGUUAAAAAUUUUAAACAAAAAGCUCAACAAAUAAGAGAGAAAGCUGAUGAAAUGUAUAAUAAGUUCAAAACGCUGUUCAUUAUUCCGGAUGGUCAGUCGUUUUGGCAGACAUUUAGUGAGCAAGUUACACAGUUUAAAGAAGUUACGAAAAAUAUGUCUGAGCCUACAAUAUUUGGACUCUUGGUUGAUCCAACGAAUCCUGAGUCUACAAAUGCCAAUGAUGUACUGGUACUGUCUGGUGAUGAAGGAGUUACACAAAAUGAUGUCGUAGCUAAAGGAGAUUUAUCGAAUGAUGAGACAUCAUCUCCAACCUCCAAGUAA